AUGGCGGCCGAGUCAACGUCAACCCAAGGAGACUCCCACGACAAAACGUGGGAGAAAGCGGAGAGGAAGUUCACACAUAAACAUGCUAGCGAGUACUACGACCCAUGCCAAGACUUUGCGGAUCGGAGUCUCAAGUGUAUGAAACGGAAUGCCUUCGAGCGCGAAAUGUGCCACGAUUAUUUUCAAGCUUAUCGUGAUUGCAAAAAGAACUGGCUCACCCAGAAGAAAGUUUCUUUGACGCCUCAGCCCAAAUGA